AAUAAAUAAAUUAAAAUUUUUUUAUUAAAAAGAGAAGAGGGAAGAAGGAAGCCUUGUCAAUCGCAAUCUUCACAAUGAGAGCGACACGUGGCAAAUGGUACACGUCAACAUAUACAUUUUCUGGACGUCUCUCUAAUCUGCGUGUCUUAAAAUGACAGCCGAAUUAGUAAAUAUACACACCUGACCGUAGCUUCCAAUUAAAUCAUUCAUAUUGUGUUUGUGUUUUUGACCCCUUCAAAACAAAGAAAUUCCUUCGGUUCACGAUAUUUUAUUGGGUUUUGUGAGUCAAGAUUGGCUGAGAAGGUUGUGGCUUUAUAAGGGGUUGAUUGGAAGAUGAUCGGUGAUGAGAGUCUGAACUUAUGCUUUGAGAAGCUCAUGGUAUUUGGUGGUGGAAUUUCUAAUUAUGGUAAAAUGGAUGGUUCUGGACCUUCUGGUGGGCGAGUGAUAACUGAGUGGAAGGAUAUUCCGGUGGAGUUGCUUUUGAAGAUUGUUUCUCUUGUUGAUGACGAUCGGAUUCCUAUUGUGGCUUCUGGGGUCUGCAGUGGCUGGAGAGAUGCUAUAUGCUGGGGUCUUACUCAUCUAAAUCUUUCUUGGUAUAGUUUUGGCUUUCAUUUUUUCUUGCUGCUUUUGGAGAUAUUAUCGGUUUCCUCUUUUUCUUUUUUGAUUUUCAGUGUGAGGGGUUGUUUUCAUGAGCUCUGUUUUAUGAUUGUGGUGUUAGCCAUGAUUCAAAUCGAUACUUCCAUUUAUUCUUGGACUUUGUCUUGUCUAUGAUUGAGAUGAGACUUUUCAAGGGGUUGCACCGCUGAGCCCUGUUUAUAUAUAUGAUGGGGGUGCCUGAUGGAGCAUUGGGCAAACCAUGCUUUUCUCUUUGUUGUUGUUACCACUAUUGUUUUCUGAUGGGCUUUCCCUAUUCUGGUCUUAGUUUUUUUUAUGUAUGCUCUCUGUCCAGGGUGUGAUUAAAGAAGAUUGAAAUAUUUUAUCAGGAUCUAAAGUAAAGCUCUAUUUUCUGAAAUUUCCCAAAUCCUUGUUAUUUCAGUUGCUUUGUUGAAGAACUUGGAAUAUGUCAUGAAAUACUAUAGUUAUAAGUGGUUGGGAGUUUGUGUUCUAAGAUUUUUGUUUUGUUACAACAUGAUAAUAUCAAGAUAGUCCUCUAAGCUUCAAACUGAUACUUUGUGUUUUUUUGGACUCUGUUACCUGUCAUGUAUCUUGACCUUGUCCCGUAUUUUGUCUACCUUUUGUGAUGUAAUUUUGUUUCUCUUGUUUUGUUUCACCUUUUUCCUGUUUUUGUUCCAGCUAAAUUUCGCACUUGUACUCUCCUCAGGUGCAAGAAGAAUAUGAACAAUCUGGUCUUAUCUUUGGCUCCAAAGUUCACAAAAUUGCAAGUUCUAAAUUUACGACAAGACACACCUCAACUGCAAGAUGAUGCAAUAGAGAUGAUAUCUAAUUAUUGCCGUGACCUGCAAGACCUGGACCUGAGCAAGAGUUUUAAGCUGACAGAUUACUCUUUAUAUGCUCUGGCUCAUGGCUUCCCCAAUCUUGUUAGGCUUAACAUAAGUGGGUGCUCAGCUUUCAGUGACAGUGCACUGGCCUACCUGGCUAGGUUCUGCAGAAAACUGAAAUUUUUGAAUCUUUGUGGGUGUGUUCGAGGGGCAACCGAUACAGCGUUGAAGGCUCUUGGUUAUUAUUGUAAUCAGCUGCAAUCAGUAAAUUUGGGAUGGUGCGAGAAAAUUGGUGAUGCUGGGGUAACCAGUUUGGCAAAUGGGUGCCCAAAUUUAAGAGCCCUAGACUUGUGUGGUUGUGUUCUUAUCACUGAUGAAAGCGUGAUUGCUUUGGCAACAAACUGUCCUCAUCUGAGAUCCCUUGGACUCUACUAUUGUCAGAACAUAACAGACAGGGCAAUGUAUUCGCUGGCUCAGAGUGGUGUGAAGAACAAGCGUGAAAUGUGGGAAUCUAUGAGGAACCGAUAUAAUGGGGAGGGGCUCGUGAACCUGAACAUCAGCCAAUGCACAGCCCUUACUCCUCCAGCCGUUCAGGCCGUGUGCGACUCAUUUCCAGCCCUCCAUACAUGUCCAGGGCGACAUUCUCUUAUAAUAAGUGGCUGCCUUAACUUGACGUCUGUUCAUUGUGCCUGUGCUGUUCAAGCACACCGCACCUUCCCUGCGAUUGCCCACCCAGCUCACUGAACCUCGUCGAGGGAUGGGUCUUCUCUGUGCUCCAUAUGGGAGUGUCAUGCAACUUUGUAAAUAAUCGUCAGAAUGUAACCUAAUGAGGACAUUUGUGGCUUCUUAGCCAUUUUCAUCUAUUUUUCCUAGUAGUUAUGUAUGUGUGCUACUCCUUUAUAACUAUGGAUUUCAUGUUGUUGAACCUAAACCCCAUGUCUCUGUUCCAGAAAUUCCGAUGAUGGCAGGUUAGGGCACUACAGGCUACGAUAUGUUAGUGACCACAGAUUGCAAGCUUCGAAGUUGGAAGAGAACUUCCGAAUAAAAUCACUAGCUCUUGGAACGAGAACCUGCCACUAUCGCAGAACGAUAAUAAAUUUUUACUCCAAUCGGAUUGUGGCUUGCACAAGAGUUUAUCGAGCUUUUAAAGGUCAGAACUACACUGCAGCGAUGUACCACAGGAGAAAAGCGCAAUCAAUUUGUGAGUAUAUAUACCAUUAGGAAUGGAUCCUAAAAUUGGACAAAAACAUACGGAACUGACGGCUUGCGCCUCUUUGUUUUUCCAACAAGAUAAAAGAGUUCAAAUUUUAUCUGCUUAAAUGGAGAAACUAUAGCAGAAGGCUGGAACGUGCGGAUCUCUAUCCAAUCUUCUGCUUUUAUUUGCCUUUGUACACAAUCUCUUCAUCAUCCACAUCAAAGGCUGGAUUACAUAGACACCUGAAGAGCCUCCCAAUCCCCUGCAAAAAAACGGAAGGGAGAUCUAAGACUGCAGACAGUACUUUUAAGUUGCACUGAAAAUGCAAGCCAAAAGAAACCUUAACUUGGGUAUUGCAAAUUAUACUCAAGAACAAAAGGGUCUAGCAGUCUAGGAAGGGUGAUCGAAAACUGUGGACAGUCCUUUUAAGCUGCACUGAUAAUGCAAGCCAAAAAAGAACCUUAAAUUGGGUUAUUGCAAAUUGUGUUCAGAGAAAUAAGUGUCGAAGACUUCAAAAUCAUCCAAACCAUGUAAAUCACCUCGUGAAAGACUUUGAACUGAGUAUGAAAGUUUCAACCCGCAUGACUUGGAUUUACAGGUUGAUUUGGAAUAUGAAAGUUGCAACCUAAGAUGGGAGGAUAACUGAUGAUCGUUGUCUUCACAGAAGGAUAGGGGAAAACCGUACCUGUGUUAGCAUAGGGGUUCUGUAAUUGAGUGACCUUGGCGAUUCCUCGUCAUCACUGCUAUCAGAACUGCUAUCAUCCACAUGCACAUUAGAACUACUGCAGUUCUUUUUCGACGUUCCACCGUUGCGUUUAUACUUUUCAUUCUGCAACAGAGAUGCAAAAUUAAGAUGCAAACAACAAACUACAGAUGAAGUAGACAGAGACUCUACAAAAUGUGGCGUCCUGAUUGUUUGAAUAUGGAUGAUUUCCUGAGAAACCAUAGGGAACUCAACCCAAGGGAGAAGUUUUUAAGAGGUUCAUCUGAACUGAAUCUCACCUGAAAUAUUUUUCCUAAGAUUUUUAAUGCCACAGCUCGAGAUUUGAGAUCUUCUUUCCUCACAUUGGUUUCUUGAAGAACCUACCAAUUCAGCAAGAAAAAUAUAAGUAUGAAACAGAAGAUAAUCAUAUUUGAUGAAGAGGGAAAAAAAAAUGCCAGCACAUAAAUCCCCUACCAUCUGACAGACAUGUAAGAGGGUCACUUCGAUGUCUACUACGUUUAGUUUCCAAACUGAACUCAUGAGUACAUUCUUGUUCAAUCUUAAAUGAGUUUCAAUGUCGUUUUCUGGUGCACAGCCAUCCGUUUUAAACUGUCGACGCACAUCUUCUUGAAGUUGCAGCAGCUGAAAAGCACCUGGAUACACAUGUUCUAAGUGAUCAGUAUGAUGCAAUGGCAAAGAUUUGAGAUGGAACAGAGAUUUGGCAAUACCUUUCGCUGCAGUAAGCUGUGAUUUCCAGAAGUGCCCUUUAUGUCUUACCCAUUCAGCCACAAAUGGCAUUCCUAGAUAGAUUGCUUUCUUUCCAAGUUCUUGUGCAGCCUGUCUGGUGUAUACAUAUCCAAUGGUGUGCAAAAUUUCCGCUCCAAAAGCUGUGAUUUCCACAAGUAAGAACCAUUGAAUGAACAGUAAAAGUUUCGGUUAGAGAAAUGUUUAGUUUAUAGGAAACAGGAAACAACACGUUUCGCAACGAUGCAGAAUCAGGCUGUUGCAUAACUACAAUCACAUUUGGUGCAGGAAACAGAACCAGUGAAAUGAACAACGGGUUGACUCUGCUAGAUACACGAUUCAGAUGUACUGAGACUAAACCAUAUGGCUCUGCUUCAAAGUCAUCGGUUUCGUGUUUUGAUUGGAAGAACAUCCAAGAACUAUCAACUUGUAAUUUUUUUUUUUUAAGUGUUGAUUGCAUCCUGAAGUGAUUUUCCCUUCCAAACUGGUUUGUAAAAUAUAACAUAAACUAUAGGAAAGGAAAGUGUUUACAUGUUUCAGCACCUUUCUUUGUUUUUCAAUUCUCAACGUUUUGUUCCUUAUCAUUUGUGAUGGUUUUUUCAUCCUCGUGC